AGCGCACCACUGCGUCUGUCUCUCUGCGCGCUUUUCCUUUUGGAUUGCUGCUGCGCCUCUUUAACAUAUUUACCACGUCAUCCCGAAGGUGGAUCAUGGGCCGCGGACUUUAGUAUAAAACCGGUGCGGGGCGCAGAAAGGAGGAACAGAUCCAGUGUCUGCAGACUGCACGAGGAGCUUCCUUUGCUCCAGACCGGACAGUCAUUGAUCACAGAAAGACGAGAGAGGAACCAGCGCAGGAGAUUGUACCGACUCAGACACAGGGGCUUACGCACGCUUUACGCACGCUCGCAGGUGGAUGGUGGGAAGAUGUUCCAGUUCGGGGUGCUGUCGGCGCUGGUCACUGCGCUCACAUCUCUGCUGUCCGCGGUGCUCCUGCUGGCCGUGACCCGGUCACUGUGGAGCCUACGCUGGAGCCUGACCCGGGACAAGGACAGUAGUCUGCCGCUGCCUAAAGGCUCCAUGGGUUGGCCGCUAGUGGGGGAGACCUUCCACUGGCUCUUCCAGGGGUCCAACUUCCACAUCUCCCGCAGAGAGCGCCAUGGGAACGUGUUUAAGACUCAUCUUUUGGGGAAACCGGUGAUCCGAGUGACAGGAGCGGAGAACAUUCGGAAGAUCCUCCUGGGAGAGCACAGCCUGGUGUGCACGCAGUGGCCCCAGAGCACGCGCAUCAUCCUGGGGCCCAACACGCUCGUGAACUCCAUCGGAGAACUGCACAAGCGGAAGAGAAAGAUCCUGGCGAAGGUGUUCAGCCGUGGGGCCUUGGAGUCGUACCUGCCCCGGCUCCAGGCUGUGGUGAAGCUGGAGCUGCAUAAGUGGUGCAGUGAGGAGGGCCCAGUGGACGUGUACAGUGCCGCUAAAGCUCUGACGUUCCGCAUUGCCAUCCGAGUGCUGCUGGGGCUGCAGUUGGAGGAGGACAGAAUACUGUACCUGGCGCAGACCUUUGAGCAGCUCAUGAACAACCUGUUCUCUCUGCCCAUAGAUGCGCCUCUCAGCGGCCUGCGCAAGGGCAUAAAGGCCAGAGAGAUUCUCCACGCCAACAUGGAGAAGAUCAUCGAGGAGAAGAUGGAGUGUCCGCAGACAGAAGAGGAGUACAACGAUGCUUUUGACUACAUGCUCUCCAGCGCCAAGGAGCACGGCCAGACCCUCAGCAUACAGGAGCUCAAGGAGACAGCAGUGGAGUUGAUCUUCGCGGCCCACUCCACCACAGCCAGCGCCUCUACGUCCCUGGUCCUGCAGCUCCUCCGUCACCCGGCAGUGGUGGAGAGAGCCCGGGCAGAGCUGGAGGCUGAGGGGCUGGGGUACGAAGCCCACCGAAGUAGCUGUCCAGUCAGUGUGACCACAGAGAGGGAGGACGCGACAGAGAGCACCCAACUUCUGAAUGGAGGGAGUCAGCAGACCCAGCCCGAGGUGUCCGAGGUGCCCCGCUCCCAUAUCCCCCACUUGAGCCUGGACAAGCUCAGCCAGCUGCGCUAUGUGGACUGUGUGGUCAAAGAGGUCCUGAGGUACCUGCCGCCAGUGUCCGGGGGGUACCGCACAGCCCUGCAGACAUUUGAACUCGAUGGCUACCAGAUUCCCAAAGGCUGGAGCGUCAUGUACAGCAUCCGCGACACGCAUGAAACCGCCGCCGUCUUCCAGAAUCCAGAACAGUUCGACCCAGACCGCUUUGGCCCGAACCGCGAGGAGAGCCGGGCGUCACGCUUCAGCUAUGUCCCGUUUGGAGGCGGUGUGCGAAGCUGCGUGGGCAAAGAACUGGCUCAGAUCAUCCUAAAGACUUUGGCAGUGGAGCUGAUCGGGACUACCUCAUGGACACUAGCCACGGAAGACUUCCCCAAGAUGCAGACUGUGCCAAUCGUGCACCCGGUCAACGGACUGCACGUCCAGUUCAGAUACAAACACCCCCUUUAGACACCGGGUUCAUGUUCUCAAACUGGUCAUGGUGUUGAUGUGUGACUUGUGAUAGAGGACAUCUACACAUUGUUGUUGAUGAUCUUAGCAGGUUCACUGUGUCACUGCUCUUCAAAUUCAGGUGGACACUAAAUUGGACUGUGACUGGAGGACAUCAGCACGUUCUUGUAUUUUGCUGAUGCUCUGAGCUCGUUCACCUCACAUUGUGGUCUGUCUGCUCAGCGCCUACUUCUCCAUCAGAACCGGUUCCACUGCAUUUAGUUGGACCCAAAGUUGGUGUGUGAUUGAUGGACAUCUGCGUGUUCUUUGUGGAUGUUGAUGUUCCAUGGAAGUUCUCUGAUCACUCCCUCAUCAGGGCAUGUCUGUCUUCUCUGCACUGUACUGACAUGACAUGAACUGGUUCCACUGCUCUUCAAAUUCAGUUGGACACCAAGCUGGUCUCUGACUGGAGGACCUCAACACGUUCCUUAUGUACCCUCCACCAGACCUGGUCCCUCAUGGAGCAUAGUGACAGUUCACUUGCAUGGCGAGCCCACUCCUCAAACCUUUAAGACUGUUCUAUGUAAAUGCAUUUAACUUAUUAACAGAUUAGAGUGAGCGCUACACUGACUUACCUUAUGAAGACUCGACUUGACCCUUGACUUGGUUUCCUAGAUAACAGACUGCAGACCACUUCAAACACAAACCAUUCUUCAAACUAUUCCAACUAUGUAACUGCUCGCCGUAGCGCCUCAUGUUCCAAAACUGUGCCUUUUAUUUUAACCACUGUUAUCAACAUAGCUAUGCAUUUGCAGAGUAUGACCAGUAGUUACCAUGACAACGAUGUGGACUUGUUGACGGUCCGAGCUCCUCCACAACCCCCUCGAUGGAACUUGCACUUGACUUUUCACACAAUAUGUUCUAAAGACUCUCUCUGAAUGUGUUACAGGUUCUUACCAGUGCUGUUAUCUGUGUAUCAAAUGAAGUAGUGUUAUAAAUAAGCUGUAUUUAAAAUGCAGAUGUAUCAUUUGUAAUGUUCGCCAUCUGUAACGAUUAAUUGCUGCAGUUUUAGAUAGAAAGACUAACCUCUCUGCCCACCUAGUACAAGUGUAGGCUUCUGUAAGUAGACAGAGAAAUGAUUAUUCUUUAAAUGUUGUAAUUGAAGCUUGUUGCGCUGUGAACUGUGACAUGGAUGGAGCGUUAAUGGAAGGAGAUAGCACUUUCUCCGCUAUAAGGAGUCUGUAUAUAGGAUCAUGUUUAUGUUUGAGUUGUAGCUGUUGUACAGAUGUAAAGAGUAAACUAAACUA